AUGAAGCGCUACCUCCUUCCGUUGGGAUCCAUGCACCCCCGUUCGGCAACGUUGCAACUCCUCGUGUUCCAUCCGCAGCGCCCCCCUCCCCCAUCCGGCCUCGCCGGCCCUGGCGGGGGUCGCCGCGUAUGCCCAAGGACCCGCCCGCUCCGCGUGGCGACCCCCGGCGUCCCGCACUUACCGAACAAGGCUCCUGAUGCCCGCGGGGGCUGCCGGUCCGCGCGGCCAGUCCCGCGCGUGUCGGCCGCCGAAAGUACUGCCGCCCCCGGCAAUAAAACAUGACGCCUCGGCCGCCGCCACCCCGGCGUCCACGGAACUAACUGUUGCCUGACCGAUCCCUGCGUCAAGAUUUCGAAGCACCAAAUAAACAUGAGCGCCUCGCCUUCCGCUGCUCCGCCCGCCGACGCCGCCGUCCCCGCCACGGGGACGCAGCUCUCCAGCUCCGAUGCUUCUUCGUCGGAUACCGUGAUCAAGGUCGGGCACGACAUCGAGCACGGGGGCUGCCCGCCGCUCGCGGAUGAGGGCGCAAAGUUCACCAAGUUCUACUUUUUCGCGGCCUUCUUCGCCGCCGCUUCGAUUCUCCCAUUUGCCUUUCUGUUCCUGUGCUGCCCGCAGAGCUGCGGCAUCGUUGGCAAGAGAAGAAAAGCUUUCAUAUGGGGCGCUACGGUGGGAACGGUUGCAGCCGUUGGCGUCGUCGCCCUACAUUUCUUCAUCGGAUACGGCAUUUUUCUCGCUUGGUGGAUGAGCAAGUACGAUUACAUUUGAGCGCCUUUCGCGAGAGGCGAGGCGAGACGUGCCUGUGAAGGCUAGAGGGGGCGAGGAGGGGUAUGGCAAGUUGGGUAUGCAUGUGUAUGUAUGUGCGGCAUGGUGUUUGUCUUUCGGCGGACCGGCGAGUGUGAGUCUUGGCGGCAAGUUGAUCGCGCGAGGCUGAGCUAGCGGACAUAGUUGGGGCCUGACUUGUACAUUAGUCGAUGUCGGAUUCGGGUACCGCGCGGUCUUGUCGUUCGUGCGUGCUGUGUAUGCGGAUGCAACGUGCAGUACAGUAACAGAAUACAGCGCUGCACUCAAGCGGCGGUGAAGACGCAAGCGAGCGGAUGACGGCUGCUCAUUUAUCUUCAGUUACUUUGUACAGUAAAUGCGAUUGUUGA